GGACCAACCUUUUUUUUUUUUUUUUCAAUCAAUCAAUCAAUCAAUCAAUCAACCGAAGUUGAUUGAUUGAUUGAAACAAAAGCCACAAACAAAAAACAAAGAAACCGGAUCGGGUCGCGUCCCGUCCCGGCCCGAUUGACAUCGCACCAAAUUUUUUCUAUUUCAAUCAAUCAAUCAAUCAGCGGGGGACUCGGAGGCAGCAGAGGGAAGAGCGACGGGGAAGGGUGGAGGGGCGGGGGAAGCAGCAGAGGGAAGAGCGACGGGGAAUGGCGGGAAAGAGAGCCGAGCGGUGGUGGUCAGAGGGCGGCGGAGAUGUGCGGGGGUGGGCGGAGGUGCGUGGAACUGGGCGGAGUCUGGCGGAGGUGACCAGAGCGAAGAUGGCCGGAGCGGAGGUGAGCGGGCGUAGAGGAGGUGGCUGCCUGGACCGCAGAUGGGCCGAGGCGGGCGGAGGUGGGCGGAGGUGGGCAGGUGGAGCGACAGUGGGCGGAGGUGGGCGAAGAUGGGCAGAGGUGGGCGGAGGCGGAUGGAUUGGAUCAGGAUUGGGAUCGGAAAGCAGAAGCGGAGGUGGCGAACUUGCCACGUGGCGAUCUUGGCACGUGGGAGGGGGAGGUGGCGAACUUGUCACGUGGCGAUCUUGCCACGUGGGAGGGGGAGGUGGCGAACUUGCCACGUGGUGGGAAGCGGAAGCCGAGGCGGACGUGGGUGGAGGUGGGCAGGUGGGCAGAGGUGGGCGGAGGUGGGCGGAGGCGGCGAACUUGCCACGUGGCGAUCUUGGCACGUGGGAGGGGGAGGUGGCUGGACGUCAGCGGAGCGGACGCAGUGGGAGGGUGAUACUCAACUACGACGGUGGGGACAAGGUGCAGUUGACGAUUAAUGUGGAGGGAGCGAAAGAGGGAGAGAUGCGGACUAACCCGAAAGUGCAGGACGCAGUCACAGAGGCGAGAGAUCGUGCGGAGAGGCGCUGCAGAAGAGACGGUGUGACGGCGAGGCUACGGAUAACGGUGGCUUAUCAUGAGACUGAGACUGAGACUGACACGGCGGAUAGAGAGCAGGCCCACCUGGACAGGGACUCAGGUGGGGAGAGCGAAAUGAGCGAAGCGGGAGAUCGGGAGACGGACCUCAGGUCCUGGAAUAGACCAGGCGAGGUCCAGAGGUAUCACCGAGCCGCGAAGCCGGUGGAAGAGGGACCCGAGGCUUACUCUCGACAGCUGACGCCCAGAGGCCGCGGGACGGAUCAGGAUCGAGAAGCGGAAGCGGAGGUGGCGAACUUGCCAUGUGGCGAUCUAGGGAUUCUUGGCACGUGGGAGGGGGAGGUGGCGAACUUGCCACGUGGCGAUCUUGUCAUGUGGGAGGGGGAGGUGGCGAGCUUGCCGCGUGGCGAACUUGCCACGUGGUGGGAAGCGGAAGCGAGACGGAGGUGGGCGGAGGUGGGCGAAGGUGGGCGGAGGUGGGUGGAGGCCGGCGGAGGGCAUCGGGAUCAGGAUCGGGAAGCGGAAGCGGAGGUGGCGAACUUGCCACGGGGGAAGCGGAAGCGGGGAGAAGCAGAGGCGGAAGCGGAAGCGGGGAGAAGCGGAGCCCGAAGCGGAAGCGGAGAGAAGCGGGGAGAAGCGGGGACAAGCGGGGACAAGCAGAACCGGAAGCGCAAGCGAGGAGAAGCGGAAGCGGGGAAAAUGGAAGGGGUUCCAAUCAACAAAUCAAUCAAUCAAUCAAUCAAUCAAUCAAGCCACGUCAGCAGACUACGUCAGCAGGACACGCCAGCAGACCACGUCAGCAGGCCACAUCAGCAGGACACGUCAGCAGGACACGUCAGCAGGACACGUCAGCUGGACACGUCAGCAGGACACGUCAGCCGACAGAGCAGGAAAUACCACAUCAGCAGGCCCCUGGCCUGGUCUAUGCUGUUGCAGUCACAUACAGCCUUUAUGGACCAAAGGUCUGGAGAAGCAGACGAGGCCUAUCAGGCCCGGAUGCUGGCUUGGAGUACCGAAACAAAGAAAUGGGCAGAUGACGCAGCAGCAGCAGCGAAGAAGAAGGCAGAGGAUGCCGAGCAGGCACAUCUACUAGCACUUGAACAACAGCGCCAGCAUGACGAGGCAGCAGCAAGGGCUGCCGAUGAAGAAAGAAACCAACGUCGUGAGAAGAUAUUUAGCGGAGAGCAGACCUUGCUCACAAUGGCAGCGGAAUGGCGGACCGAGGCCGAGAAUGGCAAGUUGGAGGAUUGCGAAAACAAGAUCACGCUCCUCCUCUCGCAUCUCACAGACCUCCUGGCAACCUGCAUUACACAGCAGGAGGAUAUCCACAGCCUAUACGACUCGCUAGCUCAACAGGGGGUUGUAGUGCAGAAAGUGUUUGCCUCACUAAUGAGCGGGUCAGACACCGAUGAGGGUGGAAUUGAUGAUGCGAGACUGACACGUUCGAGAUCACUUAGGGUCCCGCAUGUGUUUCAGACCCUACAACCGGGAGACGAAGGACUUCUUCGUGCCGAACGCAGAGCCCGUGCUCUCGCAGCAGCCAGGGAGGCAGCAAACGCAGCAGCUAGAGAACAGGCAGCAGCAGCCAGAGCAGCAGCAAUGGCUAAUGGCGCAGCCUCUGCUGCGUCCUCGUCUGGGACCCAGUUGGGAAUGCCAUUUGGGCCCACGGGUACUUCUGGGUCAGUAGGUUCUAGUCAGUCCACAAGUCAAAUGGCGGGCUCGCAGUUAAGCCCGUUGACCCCACGCGGUAGGGAGCUCUUAGAACUCCAGCAAGUCGAAAGGAUCCGCGCUCGGUUAGAGAGGGAACUGAAGCAAGCUACCUACAGAGAAAAAGAGAUCAAAAAUAGAACAGCCAAGCUUGAUACGUUAGACGCAGACAAAGCUGCAUUAGAGGGUUUGGAUGUGUCAGCCAUGUCUGACCAAAUGAAAAUAUUGAAGAACAGUGUACUGUCGCUGCAUGCGCAUGUGGACAGCAGACUGGACAUCAUGCAGAACUCUUUGGACCAGAUCUUGGACCUUUUGCAAAAAUCAGGAUUCCGGCCAGCAGCACAGUCGCCGUUGCCGUUAACAGCGAUGCCAGGCCCCUUUCCGGUACAAGCUGGCACACAACCAAGUGACCCAAGACACCGUCAACAGCACCAUCGCUCUCGAUGGAUGACUUUCAUCGACCAGUUUGACUUCUUUCCCGAUCACAUUCCCGGGAAGUCGAACCGUUUUGCGGAUGCUCUUUCAUGGCGUCCGGAUCAUUGUACCGCGGUUUACUCAACCUUCGAGAUCGACGAUGACCUGCGGAAGAGCUUCAUCCGCGUCUAUCAAGCCAACCCCGAGUUUCGCGACAAGUACGCGAAUUGCUCCUCUCCUAAUCCGGCGCCUUCUCACUACCGGAUCCAAGAGGGGUACUUGCUUGUCCACACGCAGGGGAAGGACCUUCUUUGUGUACCAAGUGAUCCUCACUUGCGUACACGACUUCUUGGCGAGUUCUACGAUGCUCCCGCCAUCGGACACUUUGGAGUCAAUCGCACGAUUGGCCGACUUCGCGAGCGAUUUUGGUGGCCCGGCCUUCUCGGCGACGUCACGCGCUAUUGCGAGUCAUGCGAGGUUUACUGGCGCUGCAAAUCCUGCAACCAUCGUCUAUACGGCGAGUUACGACCAUUACCGGUCUCGUUGAGGCGAAGGGAAGCGAUUGCCAUGGACAUUACCGGCCCGUUCCCUAAGCACAAGACCGGAGUGGAUGAAAUUCUCACAGUGGUCGACCGACUCACCAAGUUCGCCAUGUUUUUGCCUUGUCGCUAUCAUGCCAAGGCACCGGAGUUGGCCGAGGUUCUCUCUGCCGGUUGGAUUCGAACCAAGGGUUACCCCAAGGAGAUCAUCUGUGACCGCGACAUCCGGUUCAUGUCCGAAUUUUGGUUGGCGCUCAUCAAGCGAUGGGGCUCAUCUUUCAAGCCCAGUUCAGCUCGCCACCCUCAAACCGAUGGCCAAACGGAGAGGGCGCACCAGACUGCACAGGUUCUCCUUUGCACUCUCAUUCGUCCUGACCAGAAGGACUGGGUUGAGCGACUACCGGAUGUCGAGUUGGCCUACAACUGUUCCAUCCACCCGGCUAUCGGGAUAUCGCCUUUCGAAUUCGAGCACGGCUCGCCGGUCACUUCACCGUUGGACACUAUUACUCCACGAACGGUCGAAAGCGACGACCAUCUUAUUUUCUUGCGUUGGAUGCAAGAGCUUCUUGUCAAGGCACGCGACCAGAUGGCUAAGACGCAGCAGCGCAUGAGCCGACAGGCCAAUCGCCAGCGUCUUCCUUGCCUGUUCCACGCCGGCGACCUCGUGUGGGUUUCCGCAGCGGAAUUCAGCCUCGAACAAGACAACUCUCGCAAGCUCCUCCCGAAAUGGAUGGGGCCUUGGCAGAUCGUGGCACCCGCUGGGGACGCACCUGAGGGGCCUUCCUUCACGAUUCAG